GCGAUGGAGAGGUUUUGGAUAUUCUUCAACCUGACAACGCGGCGAUAUUGUUUUGCUCGUUAUAUUUUCUUAUGUUAAUAUGUAAUUAAAAGAAAAAUAGAUAAUGCUUCUUCAACAAUAUUAAUACCAUAUGCUUUUUUUCCCCUUAAAUUGAAGUACACAGAUUAUACACGCUGGCAGCAAGAUGAAUUUAAGUGAUAUUUGUGACAAUGCUAAAAAGGGCAGGGAAUAUGCUCUUCUUGGGAACUAUGAUUCAUCUAUGGUCUACUACCAGGGGGUGAUCCAGCAAAUUCAUAAACACUGUCAGUCUCUUAGAGAUCCAGCACUCAAGGUGAAAUGGCAGCAGGUGCGCCAAGAAUUGGUAGAAGAGUAUGAGCAGGUUAAAAGUAUCCUGGGGACUUUGGAAAGCUUCAAGACAGACAAGCCUGUAGAUUUCCCACCAGCACAGCCAGAAGAAUCCCCCAAGGACCCUGCUGUUUGGCCUCCUCCUAUUCCUGCUGAACACAGAGCUCCAAGCCAGGCAAAGCGUCCGAACAGAGAAGUGAAACCUGCAAGAAAAGAGUCUCCACUCGUGCAGCACCGUGGUGGGCCUGUCGGUCGUGCUCAGCCUUUAUUAAAAGCAGAGAAGCCCGGCAGUAAAGACAGUAAGGAUUCAAGAACUAAAGCUAGGGAUGACAAGGGUAAAAAGAAUCCCCAGGAUGCAGGAGGCGAGGGGGAGCUGCGGAGAUUUGAUGGCACUGGAUAUGACAAGGACCUCGUAGAUGCACUCGAAAGAGACAUUGUAUCCCGGAACCCGAAUGUCCAUUGGGACGAUAUAGCCGACCUGGAUGAUGCUAAGAAGUUGCUGAGAGAGGCAGUGGUGCUUCCCAUGUGGAUGCCUGACUUCUUCAAAGGCAUCAGAAGGCCAUGGAAGGGUGUGUUGAUGGUUGGACCUCCAGGAACAGGCAAGACAAUGUUAGCUAAAGCUGUUGCCACAGAAUGUGGAACAACCUUUUUCAACGUUUCAUCUUCAACGCUUACCUCCAAAUACAGAGGAGAGUCUGAGAAACUAGUCCGGCUGCUGUUUGAGAUGGCUAGGUUUUAUGCACCGACCACAAUUUUCAUUGAUGAAAUCGACUCCAUUUGUGGUCGCAGAGGCACGUCGGAUGAACAUGAAGCCAGUCGCAGAGUCAAAUCAGAACUCCUUGUGCAGAUGGAUGGUGUUGGAGGCACAUCAGAUAACGAUGACCCUUCAAAAAUGGUCAUGGUAUUAGCAGCAACAAACUUCCCCUGGGACAUCGACGAGGCAUUGCGAAGGAGGUUGGAAAAGCGGAUAUACAUUCCUUUGCCUACCGCACAAGGCAGAGCCGAGUUGCUAAAGAUAAAUUUAAGAGAAGUUGAUGUGGAAACAGAUGUGGACCUUGCUGUUAUAGCUGAACAGAUUGAGGGUUAUUCAGGGGCUGAUAUAACUAAUGUGUGCAGGGAUGCAUCCAUGAUGGCGAUGCGGCGUCGGAUUCAAGGCCUGACUCCAGAGGAAAUUCGAGCGCUGUCAAAGGAUGAUCUGCAGAUGCCUGUGACUAUGGAAGACUUUGAAUUAGCACUAAAGAAAAUCUCCAAGUCAGUCUCCGCGGCUGAUCUGGAGAAGUAUGAAUUAUGGAUGACUGAGUUUGGCUCGGUGUAGCUUGACUGUGAAAUGACAAUGCUUCUAUUGGCAUGGAGGGACUUUUUUUAUUUAUGUGUUCCAUAACAGCAAAACAGAUUCAAGAUUGCUGUGUCAUUUUUGAAAAAAAAAAAAACAUUAUUUGAAAGGGAAUAAUUGAAGGCUGUCCUGGACCCCACACAUUCAGAUUCACCUCAUGUUGCUUAAUAUUACCAUUACCAAUGUUUUGAUUUUUAGAAAGUUUUUUUUUUUUAAUAAGCGUGUAUAGGUUAUCUAAAUGACAUUAAAUUGUGGGUUAUUAGUUUUUUUUUUUUUCAGGACACCCCUCAAUUAACUUUAACGUGUCAACGUAAUUAUCAUUUAAGGCCCUGCUUACUAAAAUAAAUAUCAUAUUAGUAAGGAUUAGAUAAUGUGUUCUUAGGUCCAUAUAAGGGAUAUUGGGACUUCCUCCUCUUAAAUGUAACUUAUUUUAAACAAAAAACAUUGUUUUAACAGUAAAAUCAUAUACUGUACAUUCUGGCAAAUAAACUUAUUUGUUGCCACAAA